AUGGAUCUCUCAGAACAUCAAUGUCUUGCUGUCCAACGUGCCCAAUCCAUCCUUAGCGAUGCUGGAUUGUCAGCGUCUGAUCUCGAUUACUCACCAACUACUAGCACCCGAUCCUUGACCCCUACAACUUCGAACACGUCUCCUGCUGCAUCAUCCGUCGCCGUGUUACCCAGCACUGAGCCCUCCCCAAUCGUUCAAGCUUCCAACUACAUUCCACCGCCUGCGCGUCAGUUCACUGCAGACGAAAUCUCACGAAAUGCUCACCGUGUCAACCGGCAGACGACUGUCAAUGCCAUAGUCAAACAUCCUCUCGGGGCAAUCGUGGAGUAUCCUGAAACUGGAUCAGUCAUGGGACAAGCAAUCACGCACAUUUUCUCGAUAUCUGCGAACUACAUUACUCACGAGUUUGACAAUCCUAAAGCUUCAUUCCAGUACUCAUUUGGUGACGGACAUGGAGGCCGGAAGAACGUUCUCUGCCAUUUGCUUCGAGAUAGCACUGAUGGCAAACCAGUUAAGUGCAACAGGAUUUCGACGUCUUGUAAGGGCCUGAAGGCAUGUUCCUCCAAUACUGACACAUUCAUCAAUGCCACCCAUUCAUACACCCACCGGGCACACAUCAGCGAACUUAUCACUCCUACAAGAGCAUUUUCUCCCGCUGAUGAUUCAGCAGAACGUGAAGUUUUCACCAAGACAUUUGCAUUUUUCUGUGCACUUAAGGUACAUGGCUGUAGUUUCUGUACCAGCACUGAGUUCACAGAUUUCAACUUCAAGAAUGACUCAAACAUCGACCCCAAUGACUACGAACGUGCUCUUGUGACUCCCACCGCCGUAUCCUCACGCUCUCCAACAUCUUGUUCGGGCAACCUUAUCAUGCGCACUGAUAAAUACAAUCAACAAUUCAUCCAAUGUGAACAUCGUUCACGUGCUGACCGGGCACAUCUCAUCCUUUGGAACCUUCAAGAAUUCAAUAUCAACUAUCUUCAAGCAUUGCUCGCUCACGACAUCGCAGCAAUUAUUAUUCAUGAAGAACAUGCAGAACAUUGUGGUUAUGGACCCCUGGUGCCUUGCGAUUUUGUUGCUUCGCCAGUCGAGCACAAGCAAACAUGUGCUGGCAUGUUGGAACGUGGUCGUCUCCUUAAAUGGGAGCACGACUGCCAGUCAAAAUUCAAUAUCUUUGUCCCUGUCAACCUCGUCGCUGUACCCCGCAUCGCUAUUGUGUGUCGCAACCCACACUCUCACCCACCACCUGCUCCAAUCAAAACACCACCUCCGCUCAUUGAUUUGUUCAGGUCGUUGCUAAUGGAUAUGGAUUGGGAGCUUGCCGAUGCAACUCCUAGACGUAUUCUAUGCGACUCUGGAUUCAUGUGGGGGCUACGUACGGCUUUGGGUUGGACACUGGACCACAGUCCAACUCUUGCCGACCUUCACCCAUCUCUAGCGAAUCUCGAUCAUGUGCACCGUCUCAUGUAUAAAUUCCGUCAUGACAAGUAUCCAAUGGGAAGCGAGUGCAGCAAGGAUCUGGUAGUAGGCGCUGAAGGCGCUACUGGUCGGCCAAUGCGAAGCGCGGGAAAGCGCGCAGGUGCGCAUGAGUCUCUACACCGUCUCAUUGUUUGUAUGAGUCCCUUGAUGUCGCGCCAUCUACUGCUCGCACGCCGUGUGUCGAUUGACACGUCAUUCAAGCGCUUGCACGGCUGGCAAGAAUUUGAGAUUGAAGCAUGGGACAACAACCACAUGCGAUCUCUUACGGGUGCACGAGCAUUCAUAAAUUCACAAUCUGCGCAGGCACACUUGGUUCUUUUCCGCCGAAUCUUUUCAAUCGCCAGCGAGGACACAGGAACACCGGUAUCUUUCAAACACAUCCAUGGUAGUGGCUAUGAGUCAGUAGUGGCAGAUGCUCAUAUGGGUCAGGGUCUCGGACUUGGAAUGUUUUGCUCAGAGCUUAGCAAAAACAUCAAGACUCCAUGCAUUUACGAACCGCAUCGCAAGUUAUGCGAUCUGACUCCCUACGAUCACCUUCGCCGGUUCUACCGUUUG